UAGAUAUUUUGUCAAGUGAUAAACAAUUGCAAUAAAAACAAUUUCAAUUAAAAUUCCUGCCAAGAUUUUUAUAAAUAAGGAAGUAGGUUUUUCUUAGGACUACAUGUACUCAGUCAGGGCCUUCCUUUUGAUGAAAUGGUUUAGCAUGGAUAUUGAACUUAACAACAAAAGCAGCUACUAGUACAGGGUCCUAGCAUAUCUAAAUGGGGCCUGACAACAUGGAUAUUUAAUGUCCCUAUAUUAUAAACCUCAGUCCUACCACUUGAGGGAGGCCAACGCAUUAACAUAAGAAUGCGUGGAAUUAAACUCCAGACAUUUUUUGUGACCCAGUUUAAGAAGGGGUGGCUGAGCACACAUCUCAGUGGUGUUCCUUUUGGUCGGUGAUUCACAAUUUUUAUAUGUGUCAGCGUGUAAUCGUACAGUGUCAGUUAGAAGAAGACUAGCCUAGUGGAAAGAACCACUUGUAAUCACUUGUGGAAUUGAGUUCAGUAGUGUGAUGUGUAUAUAAAAGAGAGACGGGUGCCUUCAGACAAUUCGGAACCUACAACAUUAGGUGUGGGAUGCUACAUGAGUUUUAUCGCUUAAUAACAGUGUGAGCCGUGCUGCUCAUAGGGAUAUAGGAAAGAGAGGCUGAGAUGUGGACAACAAAGACUGAAUGGAAAACUCUUCACAUUUUUUUCACUGUUGAGGAAUGGUUUUGAAAUAUUUGGAUACUUUGAAGAUUGGGUCUCUGUGAUAAAUGAGUGAGAACUGAGAGUUUGGAGAGAAUUUUCAGUUAUAUCGAUAUUGACUUGAUCUGUUUGGAUGUGUAGAAGACUUGAUUCAUAAGCACUGUGAAAAAAAAAAAUAACUGACAAUAUUGUGAUCUUCACCUUUUUCUGAAUGGUGUUACCAUGUUCUAUUUGAAUCUGCAGCAGGUCUCUAAGUUGUGAGAAAAGUUCCUGAUUUUUACCAUUUUUGAAUGAUAUACAAUAUCCUUAUGGAAUGUGUAGGAGAUCCAACCAAUUAAAAAAACUUCCCUUCUGAAAUAAUACAAGUUGGAAUCCCCAAUCCUUAGAACUCCUCUACAAAGUCAAAGUCAAGUCUUUUUUGUGUCAGGUGAGAGACAUUUUAGGGUCAGUAGAACUGAGGUAUUCGCACUGUUAGAAAGGCAAAGGUGUGAGGGACUGAAAAGAAGUAUGACAAAAGUGGAGCCUAGCUGCAUCAUGCUGAUCUGAUACAGAGAACCACAGUGACUGGAUUAAGAUAUAUCACAGUUAUAAGAUAAUCCACAGAAAACAGGAAGGAAGCUAACCUGUUUAAAAGACGCAACGGAUAUAUGUCAGAAACACCAUUUUUUGUCCAGAGAUAGCUGUUUUGACCACAGUGACCAUUUUUUGACCACCAGCCGGAUUUGUCUGACACUACUUCCUAUGCAGCAGAUAUUUUCGGGGACCUUCUCAAAAUGUGGAGCAUUAAGUACAUCUCAGUGUAACGUCGGGGAUAACAGCUGUAUUUAGAUUACCAUAGUGUUAACUUGUGUAUACAAAGUAAUACAGGGUAACAAAACAGAGACAUUUGGAAAAUGACAGUAAAGCAUUGUCUGGCCAAAGCUUUGUAUGACAACAUUGCCGAGACACCAGAGGAGCUAGCGUUCCGCAGGGGCGAUGUUCUCACCAUUCUGGAGAAGGACACCAAUGGUUUGGAGGGCUGGUGGCUUUGUGGACUCAGAGGCAAGCAGGGGAUCGCCCCGGGGAAUAGACUUAAACCCUUGAUGGGGAUGCAGGAAUCAAGUAUAUAUGAUGCCCCACCCAGCCAGAAGGGGAAGGAAGAGACACAGCAGCAGACACAGUGGAACAGAAGGAGUUGGGAUGUUUUACCUGAUAAGAUUGUCACACCCCACAAGAUUGGUGAGGUCUACGUGUACGAUCAACCCAACAAAGGCUACCAGGACUACGAUGUCCCACCCUCGCGGUACUUCCCAUCAGCUGCUGGGCAAGAUGGCAGCCAAGACUCGGAAGGAAACUACAGCGUUCCAAACUCAAUCAGCCCUGAGGAACCCACAUACAGUAUUCCACCUUCCCGGGGCAAUGACAGUUUGUACAGCACACCGAGUUCGUUGCCGACAUCCAAAAGACUUAGCCCCGAAAGAGAUGUGUAUGACAGACCCACAAAUCAAGGUGUGUCGCCUAAUGCGAUGUUGGAUGUGUACGACAGGCCAAAUCCUUCAUCAAAUCGCUCUAGUACAAUCUCUAUGCUUUCUACAGGAUCAACUAAUUGCUCAAGUGAGGCUUCCAGCGCCCAGCAAUCUGGCUCAGCGCGUUCCAGUACUGACAUAUCCUACCAUGAUCUCUACGACAUACCACCCCACGAUCCUCGGGGUACAAUGAAGAAAUCCAACUCUGAACCAUUGCUGGAUAUAUAUGACUCGCCCCCAAGUAAAAAACAAGGAGAACAGCUGCAAAUGGAGUACAAUGAUUAUGACCACCCUCCCCCAGUUGAGGAGGGUAUAUACAGUACCCCACCACCCCCCAAAGCUGUGAAAGGAAACCUGAACAAAGCAAAUUCAAUCCUGGAGAGUGAGAGGACUUCAAUAUCUGUAUCCAAAGUAAAGGAUCUUUACGACAGCUCUACUUUAAAGAAAGAGAAUUCUUUAGAGGAUAUAUAUGCCACAACUCCGCGUAAUACACCAGUGAAGCAGCACAAGCUGCAGAGUCAAAGUGUGCACGACCCAAAUCACGUGUAUGAUGUGCCACCACAAGUCACAAAGGACACAGAAACGACAUCAAAUGUGACUAGGUUGUCCAGAAAUUCUGCAGAAUGUUUGGACAUGCAAUUUGCGCGCCUGUCAACAGGUAGUGACGAUUCCAAGGGAUCGGGUUUGGACAUUGGUUCAGUGACUUACGAAGAGCUGCCACUGGAUUUAGACGCUGCUAUGGAAUUGCUGCUCAGGCUGCAGCAGGACGUGCACAAGGCCACAACCAGGCUGCUGAGCUUUGUAAGCAGCACGUGGCGAACCAAAGAAAAACUGGAGCCUAGGAUAUACGAUGUCAAACUAGCCUGUAUGGGAGUAAAAACAUCCUUACAGGAGUUUUUAGAUUUUGCCCAAGGGGCUCUAGCAAACUCUGCCAAAGUUAGCGACAAAACUCUUGCCAAAAAGCUCCAUACUCAAUUAACUCCCCUCCAGGGGGCGAUGGUGAGUAUAAGCGCAGCCAUGAAGAAUCUAGACACCUUACAGUGGCAGGUGGCCAAACUGGUCAGUACAGAGGAGGCAUCAGGGGACAGUCUAGGUCAGAUUGUGUCCUCAUCUAAAGAGCUGUCCAGUGAUGUGAGAAAACUUGGCUCCUUCAUCCAAGGUAAUUCUACAUUGCUGUUCAAACGUCUCGGUGGAGAACAGGGGGUGAUGGAGCCUGCCGAGAGAGACGAUAGCGGGAAGUUCAAGCAGGUGGGACGCCCCCUCCCACCUGUCCCAUUCACCGGAUCGAAAGACAUGAGUCCUCUUUCACCGCCUGGCAAGUCACCAGGGCCGAAACCCCCAUUGAAACCCAAGCCCAAGGUUGCAGGGAAACCAGACAUGCAGGGGCGUCCUUUGCCACCUCCUCCCCCUCCAUCUUCCACCCCGCCUCAUCGCCCUCAUUCCCAGCAAGAUCAGUCACCAUUGAAGGCAGUGGCAGGGUUGAAGGCGCACAAGUUGCCCAGCCAAGGGAGCAUGGAUGAGAGUGGAAAGUUUUUGGAGGACUACGAUUAUGUCCAUCUUGAAUCUGCCGAAGUGCGUGAGCAACGGCAGCAGCAAGAGCAAUUCCUGGAGGAGCUGGCAGAAGAGAAGAAAAGAGACUUUACGCCCAAACAGAAGGCACAAAUACAGCUGCUGGAAAAAGAGGUACAGAGGGAAAUUGACACUGAUAUCACCAAGUUUAAAGAGGAGAGAUCAACCAGUCAGUUUGAGACACGGCUGGAUCCUAACGACAAACAGUUAUUAUUGUUUUAUGCCGAACAGGUCAUGUCCCAUUCCAGUCUCCUCACCAAUGCCAUUGACGCUUUUCUCGGAGGCAUUGAAUACAACCAGCCCCCAAAAGUCUUCAUAGCACACAGUAAAUUUGUCGUUCUAGGGGCACAUAAACUGGUCUACAUUGGAGACACGUUACACCGCAAUGUGAUGAGCACGGACAUUCGUAACAAGAUCAUGCACUGUGCCAAUUACUUGUGUGACUGUCUGAAGGCAACUGUCACGGCAACCAAGACUGCGGCACUUCAGUACCCAUCACUGACCGCUGUCCAAGAAAUGGUUGACCGUGUUGUGGAUGUGUCACACGCGGCGCAUGAACUGAAGCUGGUGAUCACCCAGGCAGCUGCGCUAUGAAUAGAUUAAAAAACAGACUACUCCGUUGAAAAGCCCAGGUGGCUUUAUGUACGAGUCAAACAUGGUUGUGUUUUGUAUAUUAAAUGUAAACUGUUUUGUUUGUUUUUUUGUCACUGAUCAGGGAUCAGUUGUUGAUAUAAGGCUUUUGAUUAGCUUAAUGUAUGUCAUUCACAUAGGAUGAUGUAAAUUAUCCAAUUUAGCUUGAGCUGAGACGCAUAUUAUUUACCAUUACUCUAGUAGAGUGCAAGCCCAAUCGUGGUAGUCUCCUUUUAAAAACAGUUCAGACUGGAAGUAAAUCAGUCUUUGGGUUGAGACAAGUUGAAUGCAUGGCGUUGUUGGCAGUUGCUUGAUUUAUAACUCGACAAAGUUUCUUCUCUGUUAAUGAGAUAUGAAGAUAAGGCACAGUGUACAAGGCUCUUCUCACAUCUAAUGGUGUUAUUGCUGUACUGGCGUAUUUUGAGAGGCCCAAACAUGUAUGUAAUUCCAUUACAGGGGGUUUUCUUGCUUUUACAAGUUUACUAUCACUUGUUAGGAAGAAUUUCAUCUAUUGGUCAUGUUGAAUGCAUACAGAUUUAUUGGGUUUGGCGAGAGCAGGGGCUCAGUUUAGGUGACUCUCUUAUGGUAGUGUCUCAAAGUGUACCAAUACAGCUGUCUUUAAAGUAUACCGCAAGUUGUGGAAAGCAACUAUAUGUUUAGUCAGCAACUGUAAAAAGCAGUUAUAAUAGAUACAGCCUGUUGUCCAAUACCAAUUGUGUGCUUUAUGCUGAAGAAAAUAAUAAGGGGUCUAGAUACAAUUUUGUUUAAUCUGAAAUGGUUCCAACAUAUGAAUAAUAGAAGCUCCAGUGCUAUUUUUUAAAGAUCAAAAAGUUGAUUGCAUUAAUUUAUGCUGUGAAAUCUGUAUGACAGUAUGAGGUAGGUUGAAACAAAUUUGUUCAAAAUGUUAUGUGUCUAGCCUCAAACUGGAAACAGUUAGGCAAUGCUAUUAUUAUUAUUAUUAUCUGCUUGUUUGGUAUACUAAAAUCAACAUUCCCUUGACCAUGUUAAAAGAAUUCAUAAUGUUUAAGUCCUAGUAUUGUAUUAAGUUCUAGAAUGUUCUCAGUAUGGGAAUUAUAUUGGAUGAACUUGAUACCUACAAUGUAAAACAAGGAAUGGCACACAUGACAUCUGGCAGUAUGCCACGCUGUGUUAAGUCUCCCCCUCCAAAUCAAAUCGACGUUAAUUUUGUUAUCUUAAGUGAAUUUUUAUACUGCAAGAUGUGCCUUAAAUGCUUUAUCAUAGCCUGUGCUUGGAACAGUAAUGGAAUUACAGUGUUUAUAAAGGCUGUCAUUGGAUAAAUAUGGAUUUUUUUGUGUGCAUUUUGACAGCUUUGCUGUGAGGAUAGGGCUCGUUUAAACCCGUCUAUAAGUUAUUGAUGUAGAUAUUUAUGAUAGAGAAUGGCUUAGUGUUGAAAGCCAGUUCUUGUCCACCAUUAAAAUUGCCACUGUAAAUGAUUACAGGACAGUCAUUAAAAGCUUUUUUGGUAGAAUUGUAAUCCUAACCAAUGAUUUUGUUACCGCAUUGCAAUUUGAUUAUUUAAUGAAGAAAAUGGAUUCCUCUGGGCAGGGGUCAGUUUUUCCCCCCUAGAAAGUUGAGUCAUUUGUAAAUGGCAGUGCUCAACAACAGACACGGCAUUCAAGUGAUGGAAGUAGAACAGUAUUAUAACUUGGGCUUUAAUUUAGCUUUGAAGAUCACAAAAUCAAUAGUUGGAGGUGCCAGUUGAAGCCAACAGAAUGAAGAUGAUAUAUUCACAUUUAACCUAUGAUGAGAGAAACAUUCAGUAGAGAUUUAGGUCCUCUAUGUCUUAUCUGGGAAUUGAGUUAUUUGGGGGUUAAAUUUAUGCCCCUGGUAUCCUCGUCAAGCUUGCAUUCUUUUU